AUGGCUCCUGCUGGCCGCAAUGCCUCAGACCCCACAACCAUAGCUCCUCCUUUGGAACCCCGAAGAUGGCCCCCAACAACCGACCCUCACGAAUCGGAGCAACCAUCGACGUCGGCGCGCACACCUCGUUCUAUAACACACAAUAGCGGAGCGCUUACGACACCUCCCGCGAACGGGUUCGUACGACGUGAACCUGGUGCCGUCGAAGAUGAGCGGCGAGCGCGAACGGUGAUGAAUGGGGCAGCAGCUAGGCCCGCAGCACCCCGAGAGUUGGCGGCGUCACCGGAGGACGAUGGUACCGAUCAUGUUGGGAGGAGUACGAGAGUGAUGAAGAAGCUUGAGUCGCAUGGGUUAGAGUCGGAUGCGCGACAGGGUGCUGUUCUAAAUAUGGAUGGUGACAGGGAUGAAGUCGUGGAUGGAGGUGAAGGUGAUGCCACAAGGAGAUCCGCGACGGUGGUAUCAAAUGGGGGAAUGGAUUGUGAGCGAGUGAGAAAAGGGGAUAUUGAUAUAUUGGAUACAGAGACUGCAGGCCGGGAGGGAUUGCCUCAAUUGAGCGAUUACAACCAACGACCAGCCGGCAAGAAUUUCCUUUUCGAAACCACAGCAGACCGUAUAGGAAAAAGCACCGUGACUUCAACUGAUAACACGACUUCGAACGGGGCCGCGGGGCCGCCUCAAAGGACAGCUGUCCAGAUUGAAAAUUCCACCGUGGCUGGUCCAGCAACAGCGUCAGCAAAGCGCCAUCUCUCAGACCGUGUUACACCAUCCAGUCCUCGUGCGCGAAGGGACCAGACCUUGAAGCUAUCCCCAGCGAAAAUCCACGAGCUCACCUCCGCGCCCGACUCGUUAUGUUUGCAUACGAUCCCUACGGAUUUCGACCACAAAGUGUCAAAUGGUACUACUGCGUUGGCUGGCGAGAAUAGUGUGGCGCCUAGUACUCGGGGACAGAGUGAAGAUGGUGAUAAGUUCGCUGCGGAGGUAAACACUACGACUAUGGGCCUCCCUGUGAAUGGAAAGACAGGAACGCCAAGCGGGAGCGGACGAAGAGAGAAUGGUGGCAUCCGCCGAAGAAAAUCGGGGAAUUUAAAAAAUCUUUAUCUGGAACCGCCGCCAGAAUUCUCGGGGAGCCCACCCAGGUAUCAGUCUGGCCGGCAGCGCUCACAAACGGCGAGGGUAGCGUCCACUCCUGGCACCUCGUCGAGGCGGUUACAUUCUCCAUUUGGAGCGGACCGUCAGUCAGCGGCUUGGGGAUCAAAAUCGAGAGCAGACCGUCGGGCUCCUGGGCGUUUGAACCUGGAAGAUGCCGUCAAACCUGUGCAGCCUUUGACAGAUCCGCCAUCGCCAGUGCCAUCAUCCAUUCCGCUUCCGCCCUUUUCUAUACCUACUUAUCUUCAGCUAGAGUUAUCGUCAGAUCGCCCAUCACCGCUUUAUAUCCAUCAGUCUCGCGCCAAAGACUUCCCAUAUGAGUCGUCCCGCGCGAAGCUUGAAAGGCUCCAAAACUUCUUGUUACUCCCUCCGUCUCUUGAGCAGGUUUUGAUAUUCGGCACGCUUGCAUGCCUUGAUUCAUGGCUGUAUUCCUUUACGAUACUGCCAUUGCGAUUUCUCAAGUCAAUAUUCAUUCUACUUCAGUCAUGGGUCAUUAACUUGGGCCUCGAAGCGCAAUAUAUAUCCUCAUUCAUCGUCCAGGGGCUUGGGAGAGUCUGGAGGAGAAGGAGAGGCAAUAUUUCCGCCGCGAAGAGGCGAAAGGUGAAGCGUGAUGGUGAUGACUCGCACCUCGCGAAAGACACGCCUUCGAGCCCACCAUCGCCGGUAGCUGAUGAUCUCUUUGUAGAUCAGGAUAUGAAAGGCCGUGUAGACGAAAACCAACGCCGGGCGUAUCGUCACCGUAGGACGAAGUCCGUUCCCUCAGGAUUGCAGCCAGAUGACAAGGCAGACAUCCUCAAAGGCCUGCUCAUGAUCUUCACUUGUACCAUUCUCUUAUAUUUUGAUGCUAGUCGGAUGUAUCAUUGGAUCCGUGGCCAGGCGGCAAUCAAAUUAUACGUUAUAUAUAACGUGUUAGAGGUUGGUGAUCGACUUUUCUCAGCAAUCGGGCAAGACGUCCUCGAAUGCUUGUUUUCCCGUGAAGCCUUGGAGCGCAAGCCAGAUGGUCGAAGUAAAGUCUUACGUCCAUUUGGGCUGUUCAUUCUGGCUCUAAUCUACACUGUUAUCCACGCGACGGCCCUGUUUUACCAGGUGAUGACCUUGAACGUCGCAGUUAAUUCAUACUCGAAUGCUUUGAUCACAUUACUUUUAUCAAACCAAUUUGUGGAAAUCAAGUCCACCGUCUUCAAAAAAUUUGAAAAGGAAAACCUUUUCCAGCUAACCUGCGCUGAUGUGGUAGAGCGCUUCCAGCUAUGGCUCAUGCUCAUCAUCAUCGCGUCUAGGAAUUUCGUUGAAACGGGCGCCAUCACCUUUGGAAACGCGCUGGCUCCGUUCGCUCGAAGUACUCCGACUCCAAGCACGAACAGCACACCUCUUUCGAAUCCUCCCAGCUCGACAACCUCUAUUCUCCCACAGUCCUUUACUCUAUUUCCGUCCUCGAUAUUCGCCUCUCUUAGCAGCGUGCAUUCUUUCCUCCCCACUAUCGGACAUGUGCUGGGUCCGUUCCUGGUUGUCCUUGGAUUAUUAUACGAACGCAUUUGCGGAUCAGGAUUUGAAUCGACGCCUGGGUUUGCCUAUCAUUCCGCUGUCCUGCCUCUUUUUCCGUGUCUCCAUCCAAACAUACCAAAUGUUCUUGACGGCAUGGCUUCCUCAACCGCCUUCUCUCACGACAGCGACAAACACAACUUCACUGACUUCGAUACAUAA